AAGCUAUAGAACUUAGAAAGAGACAAAGGUGAAAAGGAAAGGUAUUUCAUUUGACUACCGUAUACUCUGCAUGUCUGCUCCAUGGAAAUACGAAAAGGCGGAGUGAACUCUCCACGAAGCAGAUCCACGGCGGGCAAAGCCAACGACAAAGACAAUGGCAAAAAGACUGAUUUUCUUAGGGAAGGCAACCAAGUCGAGGUCAGCAGCGACGAUGAAGGCUUCAAAGGCGCAUGGUAUGUCGCCACAAUCAUCAAAUCGCCGGCCUCUUCUAGGACCAGUAACUCUAAGCGAAAAGCCAAGGCCUUGGUUCAGUAUCAUAAUUUAGUUUCUGAUAUUAACGAGAACGAGCCAUUGACCGAGUACGUUGCUCCUUCCUUCAUUAGGCCUCUGCCUUUGCCUAUGAAUCCCAAUUUUGAUCAAUCUUUCGAACCAUAUGACGUUGUUGACGCCUCCCACCGCGAUGGAUGGUGGAAGGGCGUGGUCCUUAACGUGUUGGAGGGAAAUACUGACUCCAAAAAGUACACUGUUUUCUUUGAAAACCCACCUGAACAGUUCGAAUUUGCGUCUAAGGAUUUGAGGUUUCACUGUGAUUGGAUUAAAGGUGAAUGGGUUCGACCCCCAAAACAGGAGAGAAUGGAUUGCUUGAAGUUUGGCAAAGGAAUGGCUGUAGAGGUGAGUCUUGAUAAAGAAAAUGAUGCUUGGUUUCCAGCAACUGUUAUCGAGGAAGUUGGCUUCAAUUCUUUCUUGGUGGAGUAUAGCAGCUCAAGGAAUGGUGAUGAAGAUGGCCGCAUGAAAAGAUUGGUUGAUUGUUUCCACAUUCGAGCUCCCCCUCCUAACAUCGAAGUUAAAAAUUUUGAGAUUUUGGAAACAGUAGAUGUUUUCUAUGAUUCAAGUUGGAGGCAUGGCCUUAUUACCAAAAUUCUCACAAAUGGAAGAUAUAAUGUCUUUAUAAAGUAUGCAGACAUGGAAAAACAAUUCAGUCAAUCAGAAAUAAGGCCACACCUGAAUUUGGUGAAUGGCACAUGGGUUAGUCAUAGCCGGGUUAUAUGCUGGCCUUGGUUUCAGGAUACAUCAACCAGUGUUCAAAUUGACGAACAAUCAAGAUAUGCUGACAACAAUGGCAAAAACCCUGAGGUAGCUAUUCAAAUUGAGAGUUCAAGUGCAGCAAAGGAUAGCUCUGAAUUGAAAUCCCCAUGCAAAAGUUUGAAGAAGAAUCGGUUGGAGCAGUCAACCCCUACUGAUGCAAAAUCAGUAAGUAAGAAAGCAAAGAAAAGAACACCUAAAAGUGAUGAGGCACUUUCAUGUCCUUCCAAGAAGCUCAGAAAGGAAAAAUCUGCCAACCAUUCAUUAGCUCAAGCAUUUCUUGCGAAGUUGGUGCAAACUGAGACAACAAACCAAGAAGGACAAGUCACAAACAGUACACUAACUAAAUGCACAAGCCAAUAUUUGGAUGCCAGUAAUCCUUCUGCUGGAUCUGAGAGUCGCAUCAUGGGAAACAACAUGGGGCCUAAUCAACAAGAAGCUGGACUGGUGAAUGAAAUGACAGGUUCCAUAUGCAACAAGGAAGGACAACUGAAUUCUGAAGAUGUAGAGGACAAGAUACAAGGAGAAUCUGCUGAAUUCAUUGUUGAAGUUGGGCAUGUUGAAAAAUAUGCUGAUUCUUCUGCUGCCUUGGCUGAGUGGAGGAAGGUCUCGCAUGCAAAUUACCAGCUUCCUGAUCAGGAGAUUAAUAAGCAGAAAGAAAGUGAUGGGAUUGGGCAGCAAAAAGGUAAAAAGCACAAUGUAGUCGAAGAUGGUGCCAGUAAAAUGGGUUUUGAAGAUUGUGCAACUAAAGAGGUAGAAUUGUCUGCAGUAAUUGGCAUGGAGUCUGGAGAUGGCUUGGUCAAAAUAUCUGCUUUAGUUUCCUCAGCAAAUAACAUGGCAAAAGAAGUCAGUUUGGUUGAUGUCGGAGCAUCCAGCAACACCACUAAUGAUGGUCAAGCACUAUCAAUAUGCUUUGAAGGUACUGGGGAAAGACAAGUUGAAAAUCUCUCGCAAUGUUCUGCUGUAAACGUGCCAGAAGGCAGCGAGUUAGUGAAUGGUCAAGGGAUACCUUUUGUCAAGAGCUCCUCUAUAUGGAAAAACAUAGAAUCUCUGGAAGUUUUCAAAUUCCUGCCUCAGAAACCACAUUUUGGUCCUUUGAUUGAUUGCAAAGUGGCGAGCCGUGAAGGAUGUGCUAUUGGCAAUAUGUUGACCUUUGCCACUGUGGUAGAGAGGACGUCCAAAUUGAAAGUAGAUGAUCCUAGAGACCUUUUCGAUAGCUAUAUUGAAACUCUUACUGAUUUGGAAAUGCUUGGAUUUGAUGUUAAGUUAGUGAUGGAUCGUCUUAAUCGGUUGUUAGCGAUCAAAGAUAGGCAAGAACAGCUUCAGCAUCAGUCAAAAGAUGUUGCCAUUCAGAUUGAAGAGUGUGUUCAUGAAAAAACCAAAUUGAGAGAAGAUAUUGAUAAAAUUGACAAGAUUAUAAGCGAGUUAGAAGAGCAACGGGCAAUGAAAGUGUCUCUGAAGGUGACGCAAGAAUCUGAGAUUAUUGCUCUACAAGUGGGUGCCAAUGGUAUCAGUGAAGACAUUUUAAGUGCCAUGCAUGAGUUUGAAAGUCUAGCUGCUUCACCUUGGUAACUAACAUCUCAUUCUCUUCACUGCCCUUAACCAUCAGAGGUUACUUUGGAAGAGUUCACUUCACACGCAGUAAGUAUUAGUCGUUAUUUUAGCUUUGUAUGUAAGUCUCAACCCGCUGAAACCUAUGAAAUGGUUUAUUUAUGUUUUAGCCAAAUUUUUGUGGGCGUACAUUCAAUCCUCUGAUCUAGGCUCUAUAUCUACUCUUUAAUUUGUGAGGACUGUCACGCUAUCAAGUUAGAAGAAAAUCCAGUAAUUAAUUAAUUAA